AUGUCAGGCCUGAAAACAGUCGUGGAUACUGUCAACAACCUUCAUAAACAACUCGUCAAAAAGCAGGACAAGAUUACCCAGUCCAUGAAUUUGCAUAAGCGACUCAUAUCAUCUCUCUGGGGUCUGCCAACUGAAGUCCUAUCCCAAAUUUUUGUUUACUGCCUUCCGGAAGACAGCCACCUAUCGCUCGCACAAAACCAAGCUCCGGUGCUAUUGACCAGAAUAUGCCGAAAAUGGAGGAAUGUUGCUGUGGACAUGCCCAUUUUAUGG